AUGGAUGUGAAAACUAGGUGGAAUUCAACCUAUAAGAUGCUUGAAGUUGCAUUGAAGUUUAGAAGGGUGUUUGAAAGGAUGUAUGAAGAAUGGUUUCCUUUCACGAAAUACUUUCAAGAGAAGGAUGAAAAGGGUAAUAAAAGAAUGGGGCCUCCACUUGCAGAUGAUUGGGAUAAUGCAAAAUCAUUUGUGCAUUUUCUCAAGAACUUUUAUGAUGCGACUUUAGAGUUAAGUGCAUCAAAAACACCUACAUCUCAUUUGAUUUCUCUUUCAAUGUUCGCUCUACAAAUUGAGAUUGGGAAAAGGUGCAGUGAUGGUUCAGAUCCGAAUCUUGCAAAUAUUGCAAGAGCAAUGAAGGUGAAAUUUGAUAAAUAUUGGGGGAAUUGGAAUAAGAUGAAUCCACUGAUUUUUAUUGCUAGUGUUCUGGAUCCAAGGAACAAGCUUAAAAUGCUUACGGUAAGCGUUAAGAAAUUGAGAGGCAAAAAAUUGAGAGAUGAUGAUCAAGAGCUUCAAGAGUUAUGUGAUCGAUUUAAAAAUGACUUGGUAUGUUUGUGGGGAGAGUAUAAGGGAGUGCAUGAUACCUUGUCCACUCAGGAUCAGAAGCCGUACAUAGAACAUGUGGACAAUAAAGACAAUAUUGGUCAAGGUGGUUUGCAUCUCUUUGAUGAAAUUUACAAUGGCAUGGAAGAAGAAGUUUGUCAAGACCAACUUAAACAAAUAUCCAACGAAGUGGAUAAGUACCUAGCCGAUGAGAUGGAGCAGCGGUCUAAUCCUUCUUUUGAUCUUUUGGAUUGGUGGAAAGUAAGUGGAACUAGAUAUCAAAUCCUUUCACUAAUUGCAAAGGAUAUCUUUGCAAUUCCUAGCUCAACAGUUGCUAGUGAAUCAACUUUUAGCUUGGGUAAAAGGAUCGUGGAUCCUUUUAGGACUAGCUUGAGCCCAAAAAUGGUAGAGGCAUUGGUGUGCACGAAUGAUUAG